CAGCUUUUUCGCACCCAGCUAGGAUGUCCAGAGAAGAGCCCGGAUCUUCGCGUCAGUUGACUCGAGCUCAGCGAGUCGAAGCUCUCAAGGAAGCAGCGAGGGAACGCAUGCGGGCCCACCGCAAACGCUGGACCGAAGAGAGUGCCAAAGCAAAAGCUUGCGACCGGACGCCUAGACUUCGCGGACACAGCGCAGAAGUUCGCACUCGAGCGGAAUGCGAUCGUGAGAGUCCGGCGACGACGCUGCAAAAUCGAGAGGUCACGAAAGAGCCAGGUGCAGCAGAAGCUAGGAACGCGGUGGAGGCGAAACCGAAGCGGUGUCCCGCCAGAAGACGCCGGGCCGGUGACGAGACGAGUGACGGCCGAGACCAAGGGAUCCGUGCCAAUGGGCGCGAGACUUCUCACCUGUUGCUUUCCGGUACCGGUGAUAUGCUUCAUCAGUGGCUACUGAAGUCCAUUGAGGUCAUGGACGAGGACUCUCGCUCAACCGACUCUCCUGGCCAGAGCCAGCCAGGCACACCCCUGCAGACAAGCCACAGUCCAGGCGCCGUCAACAUGGGCCUGGUUGCUGGCGAUGCGGCCCGUCAUCCGCAGACGUCCAAGUACACGCAGCUCCUCGCGGUCAUCGAGGAACUCGGGCGCGACAUUCGGCCAACGUACGCUGGAAGCAAGUCAUCAGCCGAGCGCCUCAAGCGAGGCAUAGUGCAUGCACGCAUUCUCGUCCGGGAAUGCCUGAUGGAAACCGAACGCAACGCCAGGUCUUAGCAGGCUGCUGUUGCUGAAAGCAAAGCUAGUUUGUUACUGGCAUUGGGAAAAAUGUUUACAGGGCUAAGAGAGGCAAAACAAACAUUGCGUGUGCAUAUCAUGCUUGUGUUUCAUCUUUCCUAGCGCUGUCGACAUCUUUCGUGAUCUUGGCUGGUAUGUCUUUAACCCCAAAAAGCCCAACGUAUCCUUUUUUUUUCUAUGCUGAGUUUGUAAUGUCUAAACUAUGAUUUGUAGGGAACCUAAUGUAAAGCCUAUGCAUAGUGCCAUUUUUUAUACAUAACAUCCAAUUCUGGAUAGAUGAGAAAAACCUGGUGCUAAUGAGUUAUACUACAGUGGAAGUUUUUUUUGGGAGGUGGGGCAGGGCCAGGAAUGUGUUGUGAACCUGUUCUUUUUUUUUUUUAAUGGUGCUUGGGCUUUAUGGGGUUAUUUCAACAAACUUGACGGAUGUGUCUUUCAUGUGGUGUAAGAUGUAUUAAAAAUGAGAUUGAAGACUA